AUGAUAUAAAUACUAACGUAAAGAUGAUUACUACUAAGAAGUGUGAUAGAAGAACAAUAGAUGCUUAUAUCGGACAACUUCAAGAAUGUAAGCCCCUCCCGGAGGAAGACAUCAAGGUCCUAUGCGACAAAGCCAAGGAGAUCUUCACUAAGGAAGAUAAUAUAGUCAAUGUGCCUGCUCCAGUCACUAUCUGAGGAGAUAUUCAUGGCCAAUUUUAUGAUCUCUUGGAGCUAUUCAAGAUUGGUGGAGAACUUCCAGAUACAAACUAUCUCUUCCUUGGAGAUUAUGUAGACAGAGGGUAUUACUCUAUCGAAGUUUUCUGCCUACUGGUCUCCUACAAAGUCAAAUAUCCUGAAAGAAUUACCUUAAUUAGAGGAAAUCAUGAGUGAAGAGCAACAUCCCAAACCUAUGGAUUCUAUGAUGAGUGUAUGAGGAAAUAUGGUUCCCCAAAUGUCUGGAGGAUAGUCACUGAUCUAUUUGACUACAUGCCAACAAACGCUCUUGUAGACGACAGUAUUUUCUGAACCCAUGGAGGCCUUUCUCCAACCAUUGAUACUCUGGAUCAGAUUAAGCUAAUUGAUAGAAUCCAAGAAACCCCUCACGAGGGAGGAAUGUGAGAUCUUAUGUGGUCAGACCCCUCUGAAUCUCCUGGCUGGAGGAUUUCUAACAGAGGAGCUGGAUACUUAUUUGGACAAGAGAUCUCAGAACAAUUCAAUUACGCAAACAACUUAAAACUAAUCGCCAGAGCACACCAAAUGGUCAUGUCAGGGUACACCUUCACUCAUGAGAAAAAUGUGCUAACAAUUUUCUCGGCACCGAACUACACUUUCAGGUGUGGUAAUGAAGCUGCCAUCAUGGAGGUUGAUGAAUUUCACAAAUACAACUUCACUCAGUUUGAAGCAGCCCCUUCACAGCAGCUACCAGAUGAGGACAAGAGAAUCCCAGAUUAUUUCCUUUAACGU